UGCCGGUUGCAAACAGCACGCGCGUCCAGAAAUGGCAUUGCUCUGGAAAUAGAAUUUCCCCGAGAAUUCCCAAGACACAGUUACAAUUUGUCAUUUUGACAAUUAUACACCCCAGGCUCACUGCUGGGAUCCAGUAUACCCGGUCGAUCCAAGCGAGCCGCCGGCCAUGAUUACCCCGAGGCACAGAAGUCGACUGCAUGGACUCUGCACUCUGCACGCUCAAGCGCGACCAAUGUAUACUCCGCACCGCCAACCUCCAUCCAGAUUGCAGCGCGUUCCAUCGCACUCUAGCAGAAUUCCAUACAGAUCGCACAACCCUAAUCAGCUGAGAAAAACCGCGCACUUUUCCAACACAGGCGGAGCAGCGUCCUCCGACGAUCAUGUAACUGCGGACGGUUAACUGUCAACUCGGGACGACAUCCAUCUUUCAGUUAGUCUCCCUUACGGACGAUUAGCGACGCGACUGGCACAAAACAGAAACCAACUGCGGAGUACUGAAGUGGCGGUCGGCAAGACGACGUGGUCUGGGUCAGUCAUGGCCAUGGCCACAAAAUAAAAAUAAACACUCCCACGGAGUGAAAAAUAAAAAUCCCACGGUCCACGGGAUCUCUCGCAGUCCCGUACAGGACGUGGAUUCCCAUCGGGAUUGGACCCCUGAUGAGUUGGUUGAUUCGGAGACGAGACGGGAUUGCGCCGGCCGUAUCCGUAGAGAUGCCCCGUCCUCGUGCGACUCCGUCCUGCAUAUCCCGGGACGGAGCAAAGACCAGAGAGUAGAUUAGUGCGCCGUGCCCUACAGACGAGGCCUUCUGGUCCAUGGGCAAUCUGGAACAUACACCGAAGGGUAAGGGCUUGCAUCCUCGUGCAAGGAUC